AUGUCCGACAAGUUCUACGUGGUCAUGGACAAUCAAACUCAACACGAGAUUCUACACGGAGAGGCGAAGUUCAUUCAGGGGUUACAUGCUAUCUCGCUCGAACCAGAACUUCGAAUCUCAGCUCUUCCAUCGUUCGCACCGUCCUCAGAUCCAUCUAUUGAACGCUCUUUCACGCAAAGCUUCAAAAGCGUCAAUUUGGUUCGGUUCCGACUGCGUUUCUCAUGGUUCCGCACUUCGCCCACUCAAUGUAAUCUUCGAGAGCUUCCAUAUCAUGUCCUGGACACCAACAAUUGCCGGAUGAAUGUGGUGGUGGGGCUGUCGACGGUUGCGGCGAUUUCAAAAGGAGGUCCAGAAGAGAUCCGGAAAGCAUGGCCGCCAAUUAGAAAGACAAAAGUCCUGGAGCCGACACUAGUUUGGGAGCUUCCAAAACCUGCGCGCGAGACCGGAACCACUUGGAAACUCGACCACGAUAAAAAUAUUACCCAGGCUACGAUCAAGUGGAUAAACGAGGAGAAAUGGGAUCAGCAAAGACAGGACGCCUGGGGGUUAUUGAAGGGAAAGCAUAUGCGACUUUUGUACGAGGCUGCGGAAAACGGUACCAUUGGGACACUUGACCAGACGACCGGAGGUUACUACCUGUCCGUGAUGCAGCAAUUCAUUCAGGGACUGGACGGAGUCUUUUUCAACAACCAAUUGGCACCUUACUGCAAGUUCCGAUUCUAUGAAGACAUUGGAGAAGAGCUUGAAGCUUAUGCUGAGCUGAUCGAAGGCAAUUUCGUGAUGAUCAAAGUGAAGCUAUCGGCGAUGGAGAACGUCAGCGAUAUACGUAACGCCGUUCUUCACGAGUUGUGUCACGCUGUCCAGCUCCUGCUGGGAUGCGACUCAGCACAUGGAUGUAGGACCUGCCUGACGGAAGCCGAAUUCAUCGGACCCAUCGAACAUCCGGAGUGCUUUCUCGACCUUUCUAUGCACGUCGAGAACCUGGCAACCACCUUGUUCGGUGAGCAGGUCGAUCUCGGUCGCAAGGCGGCUAUCGAUUCGUUCGACGACGUUAUCAAUGAUGCCGGCGAGACCUACCCUCACCAUGCCACGCACCACUUCACAAUGAUGCAUUGGCGGGAGACGCUGCAGAAGACGAAUGCGCCUGGUCGCGUUGUUUGGGGGGUCCAGCCGUGUUCCGGGAACGAAUUGCGCAGGGCAAACGCGCCGCUUAAGCGCUCUGAAUAG